AUGCCAGGCACAACACAAGAACCUACGCAAGUUCCCAUCAUAGAUCCCACCUCUGAGAACAACGAGGAGAUCGACCCAGCAGUUGAUCGCGACAGGAUCAGAGUCCUUUCUGGCGCGACGGAAACCGCCGCGUCUUUCCAGUUUGAUGGAGAGGAUCAUACUCUAGGCAACGCGUUGCGAUACAUCAUUCACAAGAACCCCGACGUCGAGUUCUGCGGUUACUCUAUCCCGCAUCCCUCGGAAGCCAAGAUGAACUUGCGCAUCCAAACAUAUGACGGCGUCAGUGUAUACACGGUGCUUGAGAAAGGGUUGGAGGAUCUCAUGAAUAUGUGUGAUGUCGUCGAGCAGAAAUUCACCAUUGCACGUGAUGACUUUGUCAACAAGAUGGAGGAGUAG